AUGGCCGGAGGCGCUGGUUACGGCGGUUAUGGUCUCGGAUACGGCGGCGGCUACGGACUUGGCUAUGGCGGGUACGGCCUCGGCUAUGGUGGCGGAUACGGACCAGGACUGUACAAGGCUGUGCCCGGUCCAGCCUUCCUGGUCAGAACCAUCCACCAAGUGAACAAGCUGUCCAGCGGCGGCGCACUGGUUGCACACUCCGGCCUCGGAGGAGGAUCAUAUGGAGGAGGCGCCGGCUACGGCGGCGGCUACGGAGGUGGUUUGGGAUAUGGCGGCGGCUACGGAGGGGGCUUGGGAUAUGGCGGUGGUUAUGGAUAUGGUGGCUACGGCGGUUAUGGUUACAAGGGUUGA